ACCUGUGUAAAAUAACUUUCGUGCUGUGAACAAGUGUUUAUUUAUCUUCACGUUAAGCGAAGUUAAAAUAACAGAAACGGAACAAUUCAUCCAAUAGAAUUAAAAAAAAAUGUGUAAUAGUGUCCCGUAAAUUUUUUAAAGCCUACAAUAAGUGAUAUAAAUAUGAACACGAGUUUUACGUAAGAAAUUUUAAAGAAACUAAUGCUCUUUUUAUUUGUUUAAUAUGAAUAGUUCAUGUGUCAGCAGAUUUUUAAAAAUUAAACGUAGUGUAACACAUAAAGAUGUUUUAUGCUGUCUUUUUAUUACUGCGAAGAGGUUUUCCACUAGGGAACUCUUAAAUGAAGCGUACUGUCGCACAAAACUAAAGUGUCGUUCUAAAAAGCUCCCACAAGAUGUCAAUCCCCAAGGAGUUUUUGCUUGCAAUGAGCUUGAUCUUUCUGAGGUGAAGGUAUAUGGGUUUGAUUAUGAUUAUACACUUGCUCAUUAUAAGCCCAGUCUUGAACAUUUACUAUAUAAUCUGGGACGGGACAUGCUACUCGAGAAAUACAAGGAAUUAGAGUACCCUGCUGGAAUAGCUAAUCUGGAGUACAAACCCGAUUUUGCUGUUCGAGGUUUACAUUAUGACAUUGAAAAGGGAUUACUAUUGAAGUUAGAUUCAUUUCUACAAAUACAGUUUGGGGCUGUUUACAGAGGGUUGACACCUGUACCAACUGAGGAAGUUCUUAAACUAUACAAAAAUAGAAUUAUACCUAUAGCAUAUGUUGAAGGUGACACAAGGGCUCACAAGACAAAUAUAGCAAAGAUGGUUCAUUUGGCAGAUUUGUUCUCUGUACCAGAAAUGGGUUUGCUAUGUAAUGUUGCUGAGUAUUUUAAUAAGAAUCAUAUAGAUUAUCAUCCAGAGAUACUCUUUUUGGAUGUCAAGAACUCUGUUCAACAUUGUCAUCCGAUUAUGCACAAAAUCGUUGCUCAAAACGUGGAGGAAUACGUGAGACCAAAUUCAGGUCUUAAAAAAUACUUUCGACUUCUUCAAGAAGAAGGAAAGAAGCUGUUUCUAGUCACAAACAGUCCCUUUCAUUUUGUGAAUGCUGGAAUGGAAAUGCUUGUUGGUCACGAGUGGAGAGAUUUCUUCGAUGUGGUUAUAGUAAAUGCGAAUAAGCCAAAGUUUUUCACUGAAGUUUCAAGACCAAUUAGGGUGUUCGACAAAAAUGCAAAUACACACAUAUGGGAGAAAGUGACAUCCUUAGAAAAAGGCAUUAUUUAUUACGAGGGUACAGUGAAGCAGAUGCAAGAUCUGACUGGUUGGAGUGGCCAUCAAGUUCUAUAUUUCGGUGAUCAUCCGUACAGUGAUCUCGCUGACGUCACACUCGAACACGGCUGGCGGACCGGAGCAAUUAUUAAUGAACUAACGCACGAAAUAAACACACUGAACACAAAUACGUUCAAACAGAACGCGAACUGGCUUCAAAUGCUCACCCAGCUUAUCGAGGACCAUCAAGACUAUAAGCAGCCUGAGGCCCUAGAGAUCAUUGAUAAAUGGAUGGCUGAGAGAGAUUACCUCAGAAACGCAACAAAAUCAGUCUUCAACCCUCAAUUUGGAAGCGUUUUUCGUACAUAUCACAAUCCCACGUACUUUUCGAGGCGUUUGUUCCGAUUCGCGGACAUCUACACUUCAAAUAUACGACACCUACUUAACUACUCACUCACUCACACGUUUUACCCUCGUCGCGGUGUAAUGCCACACGAAUAUGGGUCGUAUUUCGUCUAGAAUAAGGAAACCACAACGAACAGUAUAUUUUGCAUUAUACACGCACACUAUUUGUUAAGACCCAAUCAUGAAAUCAACGAAACUUUGAAGGAUAUUGUAUUUUUUAACGUGUUUAUUCCGGGUAUAUAUAAAAAUAUAUUGUAUAUUUAAGCUUACGGUUUGAUUAGGCGGUAAAGAUCAAAUAAAAAAUGGUCACUCGCUAGAACAGAGACGGUUCAAGUGCAAGCAAGACUAUGAGUACCGGCAUUUUAUAUAAUUUUCUUAUUCUAUAUAUUUUCUAUAUCUAUGUUUAAAUAAAUUAUACUUAUAGCCUCAAAAAAACAAUGUUGAACAUUUAUACAUUUUAUUACUAGUUUUGUUUUAUCGUUUUUGUUUAUUGUUAUCUCAUAAGCGUAGGUUUUAUACAAUGAUAUUUCUUUAUUACUUCCAUAUUCAUGAAUUUACCACCGACGCUUUUGUCCUUAAAUGCACUAAGCCCCAACUAGCAAUUUAAUGCAUUGUCCUUAUUACUCCCUUGGCAUUUAGAAGGUGUAGAAAUGUGACAAAAGAUUCAUGACCAUAUCCGGUUUUCCUAGUGCGUUUAGAAAUAAAAUUAGUUUUCGAUAACUGGAUAAAACACGGUUUAAGAUGUAUUUUUAUUUGAUGAAUGCAUAAGCGAUUUAUAACGUCUUGUAAACAAAUGGUAUGUUCAGGUUUACGCCGUGUUUCUAAAUCUAGUCUUACAAAAAAAGUCCGAGAACAUUUUUUAAACUACGUGGUUUUGAAUGGCUUCAUAAAUAGUCAAGUCAUUACCAGAUAUGUGUAAAAAUCUCUACGCUCUAUCUUUCUCUAUCUCUAAACGCUUUUAAUCUACGCUUCGUGAUAGUUCUCUAUAAAAAACGCAUGUAUGUCAUGUAUUAUACAAAGGUAAUGCUCAAUAGUAGUUCCUAUUAAUUAGAAAAACUAUCUUAUGUAAUCCUUGAAAUGUUUUCAUAUCUUAUUUAUAAAUGGGAGUUACAAUUCAAUGAAAACCAUAUCAAUUAAACUAGUCAAAUUCAAUAAAACUGAAACAAUCAUCUCGUUUUAUAUAAGUAUUUUUUUACAUUAGUACGUUAAACAUCAAAUCAAUGUUACCGUUUUACUAAUUUAUAAUUUGUUUAAUGUUUUGUUAACUGAAGUUUUUAUUUAGUGAACACAGUAUUAUAAAAUAUACGUAUCUUAUUGAUUUAUUGCGCUUGAUUUAUAACAAGCGCUGGAUAUCAUAAGAGGCAUUAUAUAGGUACUUUGACAUACUAUGUUCUGGGGUUGCCAUAAAACUAAAAAUGAAGGCUUCUUUAAAUGCGUAGGACGUAAAGUUUUGGUUUAUGUCCUUAAAUAAUCUGUUGGGAUGUUGUAAUGUUUAAGCGUUAUGUUCUUAAAUUCAUUUAUAAGCUAUUGAUGUUUUAUCAAUACGUGUCAAAAUUUACGUCCUACUGUGAUGAGUAAUAGGCAAUUUGUUCUUGCCAAUGAUUUGUAAUACGAUUUUAGAUUUGUUAAGCUAAUUCAGAGCGUUGUGUGCCAAACACCUAAUUUAUUACUGUAGUUAUAGUGAAAGUGAUCUUGCCAUAGAUAAUUCUCAUUGUUUACGCAUAGAUAGAUAAAAUUUAAUUGUUAGACUUUUUUUCUUAAUUUUAAUUAUUGUAUUAUUUCAUUUGUGAAAUGUAUUAUCUCAGUCAAUUAAAGUAGAGAUAUCGGAACACUGUGCCCCUUAAGAUAACAUGUGCCAUUAAACAGUUAUUUGU